GGGCCUGAUGAAAUAGGACAUGGCGGCAAAUGAUGAAUUUGAUUUAAUGCUUUCUGAUUUCAAUCAAAUAUACGAUGCAAGUACUUGUGCUAUUCAUAUUUGUUUCUCAACUUUCUUAAUUUCUCUGAUUGAUUUUAAGAAGAGUGCUGAAGAGAUCAAAUUGCUCAAAGCCAAUUGUAACGCUGAAGUUAAGAAGCGAGAGGCUCUUCAAUUCAGUCUCGAUAGCCUCAAAUCUGAGAAUGAGCGACUGGCCAAUCUUUACACUGAAUGUCUUAAUAAAAUGGCAGAUCAGGUUGAACGCGACUGCAAUUUCAAAAGAUUACAAGAGGAAGUAAAAAGAUUGCGUGAUGAAUGUGGCAGGAAAGAAAAUGAACACAUGAAUACCGUAGAAAUUCUUAAACAAGAAUAUGCAGCCCGGAUUACUGAUAUGGAAACCCAGAUCAGGGCAUGCCUAAUUCAAAAGACAUCAAAUGAAGCUACUAUAGUUCAGCUCCACCAAGAUUUAGCUAUGCACAGGAAGCAUAUAGAAGUUCUAGUAACUAGGUUGGAAAGAGUUCACCUGGACGUGGAAUCAAAAUAUCAGAAUGAGAAUCAAGAUCUAAGGGAUUGUCUAUCGAUUGAACAAGAAGAAAAAAAUGAUUUGAACAGGAGGCUUCAGGAUACCGAGAAAGAAUUGCUGGUUAGCAAAGCAAAGUUGGGCGAACAGCAACAUGAUCUGAGUUCAAGCAGAAAUGUUGAAACACUAAAGCAAAAGAUUAUGAAACUGAGGAAAGAAAAUGAGGUCCUUAAAAGACAGCUAUCUGUGUUGAAAGAGAACUAAAGCCUUUUCAGAUCUUAUUACGGUAACAUGGAAGCAGUAUUGUCUAUUAUCUUCAAUGUUUCAUGUUUACAUGCCAAUGUCGGAAUUUCAACUAGCACAGCCUCGUCAUAAUGGACUGAUCUCUUAUCAUGAUUUCUAGAAGCCUAAUAGGAUUGAUCUAGUUCCCCUGAACAAUGCAUCCCACUAGCACUUGUAUAUCACUUUUAAAAUGCAUUUAGAUGCAGAAUGGAGUAUAUAAUAAUUUGUAAAAGAUAAUAUGAACUAUAUCUAAGAUUAAUAAUGAAUACAAAUAUUAAUAUUUACCCUACUU